AUGACGUACGCCGACCAGUACACCCCGAAGCCCAUCACCGACAUCUUCACCGCCGACACCGACAUCGACCGCCGCCAAUGCAAGCGUACCGUGCCCAUGAGGGUCAUGUGCCUGGGACUCGGCCGCACUGGCACUGCUUCUCUCCGUGAUGCCCUGCGCGAGCUUGGCUUCAACGACACCUACCACAUGAUGGCCGUCAGCGUGGAGAACCCGCCUGAUGCGCUUAUGUGGAUGGAUGCUCUGGCCUACAAGUACGACGGCGUUGGCCACUUUGGCCGUGAACAGUGGGACCAGCUCCUCGGCCACUGCCAGUCUCUUUGCGAUUGGCCGGCGAUUGCGUUCGCGAAGGAGCUGAUUGAGGCGUAUCCCGAGGCCAAGAUCAUCCUGACCACCCGCGACGUUGACUCUUGGCACGCCUCCUGCCUCAAGACGGUCGACUGGCGCGCCAAUGACCCGGAGUUGAAGAUGGUCGCCAAGUGGGACUGGGGCUCUGGGCUUUACCAGCCCAUGCUGCACAAGUUCUGGACCAGCUUCUUCAAGGGCGACUUCAAGAAGUACGGCAAGCAGGUCUACCACGAGCACUACGAAGAGGUGCGCAAGCUCGUGCCGCCGGAGCGCCUGCUCGAGUACCGCAUGGGCCAGGGCUGGGAGCCGCUGUGCGAUUUCCUCGAAGUGCCGGUGCCGGACAAGAAGUUCCCGCACACCAACGACACGGACGGCUUUGUCGACAGGUGCCGGGGCCGCAACAAGGCGCAGAUGUGCAACGUUGCCUUCCGCAUGCUGGUCGUCGGAGGCGGCGCGGCAGCCACGGUGCUGGCGGCAUCGAUGACGCUGCACCGCUACUUCGGCCACCGACUGUUCGGUAGCUCGUAG